AUGCAGUUCACUACCUUGUCUGUGGCCUUCUUCGCGGCCUUGGCCUCUGCUCACCAGCACGCUCCUCAACACUUCCACCACCGCCGUCAACUGAACGAGACUGCUGCCUCGACCACCUUGACCGUCUUUGCAACUCAAGUUUACACCGUCACCAGCUGUGCUCCUACUGUCACCAACUGCCCAGCUCGCAACUCUGCAUCAGCCGGUGUUGUUGUCACUGAGAUCGUUGCCUUGACCACCACUGUCUGCCCAGUUGCGGAAGCGAGCUCCGUCUCAAGCGCUAUCAUCUCAUCUGCCAUCGCUACCGGUACUGGAUCUAUCAUCGUCCCAUCCGCAUCCGUCUCUGAUAACUCUGGCGCAUCCGUUACCAGCGCUAUCAUUGUUCCUCUCUCCACCGGUGUAAGCGGACCAGCUGGCGGUGAGAACCCAGUUACCUCCGAUACCACCCUCACCUAUACCAUCGGUACAGGUUCAUCUACUACCGUCAUCACCACUACCAUCAAGCACACUUCAACCGCAACUGUCUACGCUACCAAGCCAGCUGAGGUUACCGGUGUUGCUGCUUCAUCUGAUGCUCUUACCACCACCAUUCAAGGUACUUCCACAUCCACCAAGUAUGUGACCGUCAUUCCUGCACCAUCAUCAUCUGCAGGCGUUGGUGGAAACUCUGGAGCCAGCGGAAACUCCCCAGCCUCAGGAUCUGCUUCCUGCGCACCAGUCACUGUCACUGAGACAAUUGCUCUCUCAACCGUCACCGUGACUGCCACCCCAACAGGUGCCGCUGGUAACGUUGCCGCUGUCACUGCUGGUAACGGAAAGGGAGCUGCCCAAUCCUCUGCUGCUGAGGAAGUCAUCGUCAGCACCGCAACUGUUGUCCCAAUCGCCGUCUCCACCGGAGCUCCAUACACCAACGGAACUGAGAAUGCUGUCACCACCAAGAAGCCAUGCUCUUCCGUCUUCCCAUCCGGCUUCAUCAGCAAAUCUAAGCCAACCGGCACUGCUUCCCCAAUCUACAGAGCUUAA